UUGAUUACCUUCUUCAAUGGCGUUGGCUGUGACUGCUUCUUCUUCUUCUACUUCAAUCGCCUUUUCUUCUAAUUCUCGCAAAGAACAAGGGGUUCAGUUCAGUUCUAGUAAUUUUCAACCGUCAGAUCGGUUUAAUUCAUCGCCGGCGGCUUUGAGUUUAUCGCUGAAACGAUCUAUUGCGGUUAAGCCUUUGAAUGCUGAACCUAAGAGGAACGAUUCAAUCGUUCCCUCUGCUGCCACCAUUUUUGCUCCUGAUGUGGAGAAAGCUGUAGGGAUCGAGGACAUUGAGAAAUUGGCCAAGAAUCUUGAAAAAGCUUCUCCACUUGAAAUCAUGGAUAAAGCCCUUGAAAAAUAUGGGAAUGAUAUUGCUAUUGCUUUCAGUGGUGCUGAGGAUGUUGCUUUGAUUGAGUAUGCCCACCUCACCGGACGUCCGUUUAGGGUUUUCAGUCUCGACACCGGUCGGUUAAACCCCGAAACGUAUAAGUUCUUUGACACUGUGGAAAAGCACUACGGCAUCCACAUCGAGUACAUGUUCCCGGAUGCCGUAGAAGUUCAGGCCUUGGUGAGAACCAAAGGCCUGUUCUCGUUUUAUGAAGAUGGUCAUCAAGAAUGCUGCCGUGUAAGAAAGGUUCGACCUUUGAGGCGGGCAUUGAAGGGUUUACGAGCCUGGAUCACGGGUCAAAGAAAGGACCAGUCGCCCGGGACUCGGUCCGAAGUUCCGGUGGUUCAGGUCGAUCCAGUUUUUGAAGGGAUGGAUGGUGGUUCGGGAAGCUUGGUGAAGUGGAACCCUGUGGCUAAUGUAGCCGGAAACGAUAUAUGGAACUUCCUCCGGACCAUGGACGUGCCGGUUAACUCGUUGCACGCUCAGGGGUACGUGUCCAUAGGGUGCGAGCCUUGCACCAGGUCGGUCUUGCCCGGUCAACACGAGCGUGAAGGAAGGUGGUGGUGGGAGGAUGCUAAAGCUAAAGAAUGUGGGCUGCAUAAAGGAAACCUCAAGGAGGAAAGCGUUAAUGGAAAUGGAGCCGCUAACGGAAAUUCGAGUUCAGCAAACUCCGAUAUCUUCGAGAGCCAAAACAUCGUGAAUUUGACUCGGCCUGGAAUCGAAAAUCUGGUCAAGAUGGAAGAUAGGAAAGAGCCAUGGAUGGUGGUUCUCUAUGCACCAUGGUGCCCCUUCUGUCAGGCAAUGGAAGCAUCGUAUAAUGAAUUGGCUGAUAAGUUAGCUGGAAGUGGCGUGAAGGUCGGGAAGUUUCAGGCGGAUGGUGACCAAAAGGCGUAUGCAAAACAAGAAUUGCAGCUCGGGAGCUUUCCGACCAUCCUUUUCUUCCCAAAACACGCGUCUCGACCGAUCAAGUACCAGUCUGAGAAGAGAGACGUUGAGUCGUUGAUGGGAUUCAUUAACGCUCUUAGAUGAUUUAAGCUCGUUUUUGGCUUUGGUGGAUGUAUAAUGCUCGUAUAGUUUCGUUGUUGGUAGUCCCGUUUUUGGUCGGAAUUAAGUUUGGUUUUUGUAGGAUUUAACGGUUAUAAAUUAAAUGAUCAACUUACGUUGACGGCGUUAAUGGAUGUGUUUAGUGUUUGAGCUCGAACUCGAUACUGGUUUUAAAUUACUUUC